GCUAACCGCACUGCACGCGCGCAAGUCGGCGGGGAGGUGUUUCGACGUCAAGCAGCAUGGCAGGAACCACCUCGACCCUGCUCCUGGCGCUCGCCGGCCUCGUUACGUGCCAGGCGCCCGGGAGGCCCCGGGAGACAGGCGUGCCGGUGCCCGCGGUAGGCGACCACGCCGCGUACGCGCGCUGGAUGGUGCGCAGCAUGACCUGGGGCACGAUGUCGACGAUCUCGACUCAAGCCUCGAUCGCGGGGUACCCGUUUGGCAACCCCGUGAGCUUCGCCGACGGCGGCACGGGCAACCCCUACAUGUGCGUCUCGCCCCUCGACUCGAGCGUGAAGGACCUGCAGGCGAACCCCAAGUUCUCGCUCACGCUGUCCGCGGCCCAGGGCCAAAGCGCGCCGGCGGCGUGCGCGCCCGAGUCGGGGCGCGGCGACCCCGAGAACCCGCCGUGCGCCCGCCUGGCCCUGACGGGCGACUUCGUCGACGUCACGGGCAGUCCCGAGUUCAACACGGCCGUCGCGGCGCUCAACGCGACGCAUCCCACCUUGAACUCGUGGGGCUGCUUCCAGGCGGGCGGCUCGGGCGGCUCCCACGGCUUCUUCCUCGCCAAGAUGGCCGUCAAGCAGGCGUGGCUCAUCAACAUGUACGGCGGCGCCGCCGUCGUCGACGCCGCGGACUACUACGCCGCCUCGCGCGCGUAAAACUAACAAAUUA